AUGGACGUUGCUUUUGUAGUUGACGAAAUUGUUAAUCCAGAGGAUUUGGAAAAAUUCAGGAAACAAUAUGCUGAGGAAAGCAGGCGUGGGGCUCCUGCUGCUCAAACAGCCUUCUAUUAUGCUCAUGCUUUGAUUAAAUCAACCAAAGAAGAUGUUAGAACAGGAAUUUAUAUUCUCGAAAGUCUUUUGAAAAGGGUUGAGUCUGAUAUGCCAAAACGUGAUUAUGUCUACUACCUUGCUAUAGCUCAUACUCGUAUUAAAGAAUAUGACAGAGCUUUGGAAUAUAUUAAUUUAUUGUUAUCAGCAGAGAGUGACAAUCAUCAAGCUUUGGAUUUGAAAGAACUUAUUGAGCAACGAAUGAAACGAGAUGGCCUUGUUGGUUUGGCCUUAACUUUUGGAUUUGGUGGGGCUGCAAUUCUUGGGGUAGCCGCAGCUGCUGUUAUGGCGAUAAAAAAGAAAUGAUGAUAAAAAUUGGGAAGAUUUUAUUUAAAAAAAAUUUAAAUUUUCAUUUG